AUGUACGGGAUUUCCAUUCUUUUCUUCAUUUACAUGUAUGUUGUGUUGUUGCUAAAUCCACGCUGGUAUUGGACAAUCAACUUCUUGGAGAAAUAUCUUAAACGCGCGGAAACCAGCCAGUCCUCUAUUUUUACUACUGUAGCAACUGUGCGAAAAGCCACUCACUGCGGGUCUUCUACUGGAAGUCUUUUUCUCCGAUUAGGAUGUGUUGCAUUCGGCGUCACUGGAGUGGUAUAUUAUGCCUUCCUUGUCUUUCUCUGCACAGCAGACCGCGGUUGCACUCCUUUUGCAACUACACUUGAUAUCUGUGCAGUCGUGUUCAUAUUCACUCAAAUGCAUUUCAUCUUCUGCAACUCUAAGGUAUACCUGUGCCAAAAUCUGUCUAUUACUGGUCACCACACCGCCGCUCGUUUUGGCACUAUGCAUUUGAUAGCAGCAAAUCUAUGGACAUGGAUAAGAUAUGUCCUCAUGGAGGAAGGUGUCAUGGAGAGAGAAGUAAGGUCAGGAAUUUUAGCACCUCAGAGAGGCGUUCCAGCGAAAUCACUGCAGGGCAAAAUAGAAAGAUUUCUCGUUGGCUAUUAUAGGGAGGUGUUUCACGCGAUUAAUAAUCGCACCGAACCUGCAAUGGAUGAGGAAAUGGUGGAUGCAUUUGGACAUCGGGAGGUCAAUUUCGUUAAAGGAUGCCGUGCUGCUGAAUGCAUCCUCGGUAGGCGGUUCUAUACUGUACUAAUGUUUGGCGAGCCUACAUAUGUUUACGCAGGUAGUCUCUCUGAAGUGAUGUUCACAGCGAUAGUGGAAUACUCAUUAAUAGCCGCUGCAGUGAUGUACAUUGUUUGGCGAAACAUUGGAAAAGCAAGACAU